AAGAAGUACAAGCCCGUCGCGCAGAAGGUGCGUGCAGUCCUCGGGACGUGCCCGGAGAAGUUCCGCAUAGAACGCCACAUCACGGGGGACCCUCUCGCUACGAUGCCGAAGCUCUCGCCAACACCCCCACCAUUCGUACCAACUGGUCGCUACACACAGGAGCGUGAGGAGGCCUUCGACAAGGCUCACGGCGACGACUUCCUGUGGGCGGAGGAGAAGAAGCUCGUCCAUUACUUCAUGAGCGUCCACAACGACGGUUUCGCAUGGAGCGACGACGAGCGCGGGUGUUUCAAGUCAGAGUUCUUCCCGCCUGUCGGGGUUCCGGUCCUUCCGCACACGCCAUGGGUGGAGAAGAAUAUUCCUAUUCCGCCGGGCCUGUACAAGGAAGUGUGCGAUAUGCUCAAACGCAAGAUCGCGGCCGGAGUCUACGAGCCGUCCAACUCCUCUUACCGUUCGCGGUGGUUCUGCGUCCUGAAGAAGGACAAACACUCGCUACGCAUC